AUGGAGUCCGUUGUCUCCCCCGGGGGGGUCGAGCUCUCCUUUCAACGCCGCCUCAGUCGCCUAUACGAUGACACGAAGAAGUCUUCCGACUUUGUCACCAAGACAGAACAGAACACCGAAGACCCGCACAUCAAAUCGCUCCAUAGAAAACUGCGCAUCCAAAAGGACCGUUUCGUCAGCUGGGGCGUGGAAUGGUCACAUUCUGACCCCACCGCCCAGAUCGACGAGUCGCUCUCUCGUGCAGGCCUCAGCGAGGUUGUCGGCAGCAUCCUCUCCACCAUCAAAGACAUCCUGGCCGAGGCAGAACCACUAUGGCAGAGCUCUCGGGGGCCUUCGGGCGACCACAAGACACCCCUCGUUACCUGGGACAAAGGCCGAUUCGAGGACUUGAUUCGAGACCUCACCACCUCCAUCGAUACCCUUUACGACCUGUCCAGAACCCGCUCCUCGGGUGGUGCCUUGUCUUCGCACGCCGCCCGUCCUCGUCUGUACAAGUCGACUUCCUCCUCUGCCGCCGCCGCCGCCGAGGAGUCUCGCUCUUUUGAGUCGACCCGCAUGCAAACCCCACAACAGAUUGACCCAUCCACUUUGACCCCCAUCCCGUCUAUGCAAGGCGGAUCUACGACGUCUGCACUGUCAUCAGCCUCACGCCGAGAAGUCGUCUACAUGAACAAGCAAGCAUGGUCCGAACUGUGCCGGCGCACGGGGCCCCAGACCUGGGCGCCUCUUCUGCUGGAAUUCGCCCCCUUUGAUCCCAUCUACGCCGCCACCGGCAUCAUGCCUCCCAUGCAUCGCUUCGAGAAGCUCUCGGCUGGCCUGCAGCGGGGUUCCCAGCGGUUGCCGGGCGCAUGGUCGGGAUUGCCUCGUCUUCUGGGCUACUUUGAAGAUAUGGAACAUGCCCGCCUCGGCCUCGUCUACCACUUCCCCCGCGGCUUCGAGGCCGUGUCCCUCGCAGGCCCUACCCAGAAUCCGCUCAGCAGCCUGUCCACGUUAAGCGAUCUGCUCACGCGCCCCGACUUUGAGCCGAGACUGGAAGCCAAGUUUCGACUCGCUAACAACCUCGUCAACACUGUCUUCGACCUGCACGGUCGGGGCAUCACCCACGGUAGCCUGGUCGAUUGCAACGUCUCUUUCUGCCAUGCCCGCGCCUCGAGAGACCAGAGAAACCCCAUUACCACGACCGAAGUCGAUAUCCGACGCCCCUUGGUGUCCUCCUUUGAUCUCUUCCCGGAUGCUUCGUCCGACCAGGAGCAGAUCGCCUUCUUGCCGUUAUACAGGCAUCCGCUGGACCCCCGAACGACCCCCGAUGGUCCCAUUGGCAAAGAGACCGACACGAGAAUCCUUGACCUCUAUUCGCUCGCCAUGCUUCUCGUCUCCAUCGGGUUGUGGACGAAGCUCGAGAACCUCGCGCCCGACCCCUCUUCGCCUUCCAUCCCCGAGUCGAUCCUCGAGCAGCUCGCUAUACGCUGUGGCACCAUGUACACGAAGGCCGUGCAAGUCUGCUGGGAUGCCGUAGACCACGAACUCGCGGGCAGGUCGAGCGGGGAAGAGCUGCUUUCUAACGUGCAGGUCCGCGCGACCCGGUACCUCGAAGCAUGCUGCAUCUUGGAUGACGUCGGCGAGUUGGACGAUCGCCGAAGCCACGCCGUUGACGCCAGGGAAGAGACGACAGCGACAACGACAACUGCACCGACAACUGCACCGACAACUGCACCGACAACGACACUUACAUCAGCCCCGGCCAUUCCUACCAAGACGUCGCAACCCAAAUUAAGACUUUACCCCCACGUUUCUCUCCCACCCGAAGCUGUCGAGCAGUGGAACGCCACCAUCAUGCCCCAGAUCAACCAGGCGCUGCGCCAUUUCUACUGCAAACACCCCGAAUCGGUCGAGAUCUCCCUGCAACCCAUCGGCGUCUCGCCGCAGAAGGCCAAGCCGACCGUGCUGGUGGUCUGCACAUCCGUCAGCAAAGUCAAGGGCAUUCUCACCCGCAAGGUCGGCGAGCUCUUCGACGGGAACACCGGCUUCGGCCUGAAAGUCCGCAAGGGACAGAUGGUCCGCUCCAGAAAACUGCCCCCCGCGGCGGCGGCGCGGUCGAAAGCGGAUGCCUUGGAGGGUGAUGAAUCGGUGCCCAAGCCGGCCAACCCCGGGUUUCAGCCGAGGCCCAACAACGGGGCCAGCAUCGGAGCGUGGAUUGGCGAUCGUCAUCUCCCGCCCGUCAGCUUUGGUGGGCUCGUCUUGAUAGACAAUAAGCCGUAUGGCAUGACGGUGCACCAUAUGCUCGAUGACCAAGAUGCGGUGGCGCACCAGCCGCCUCCUGUCCCUGAGCCUCCGCUCUGGCGCAGCGUGGCGAGGCAGGACGAGUCGGGCCUGCGGAGCUUCUAUGGAGACUCGUCAUCGUACGACACGAGCGAAUCCGAGGAUUUCGCGUGCGAGUUUUCGGAUUCCGGAUCGGAAGGUGUUUCGGAAUCGGAGAUUACGAGUGACGCUUCUGAAGACGAGGACGAAGACAAUGAGGAAGAAGACGACGACGAAGAUGACGAGUACAACGAGCCCGGCGAUAUUCCCGGCAUAGAACCUGGCUGCGGCGACGGCUACGUCAUCACCCAGCCCGCCAUGGACGACGUGGAUGAGGACUUUUACCCCGUGCCCGAGACGGCAGACGAGGAUCACCUCGACUCGUUCAGCCUGGGGACCGUUUACGCGUCCAGCGGCAUCCGUCGACGGGAGCACAACGGCCUCGUGCAUGAGAUUGACUGGGCGCUCUUCUCCUUUCAGAACGAGCGGCUUCCUUCCGAAAACGCCAUCCCUCAUCCGGCCGUCCACUUUUCGUCGGCUGCAAACGGAGGACAGCAGCAGCAGCAGCAGCAGCAGCAACGACAGCAGUCCACCAAGAUACCCGACCUGAAACCUAGCACCAUCAUCCCCUCAUCAGCCCUCCCUGGGAUGGAAGUCCAAUGCGUGGCCCGGACGAGCGGUACGCAGACGGGGACCAUCCUGCCCUCGCUAGCGAGCAUCAAGAUGCAAGGCCGCGCGACGCCGAGCCACACGUUCCAGGUCCGGAGCGGUAACAACAAGUCGCACCACGAUCACCACGAUCACCACCGCCACCGCCGCCACCACCAGCCGAUGGGCGUGCCGGGCGAUUCGGGCGCAUGGGUGGUCGACCGCCGCCACGGGCGCGUGUGCGGCCACGUGCUGGCCUUCAGCGCGGUGAAGCAGACGGCGUACAUCUGUCCGAUGGACGUGCUGUUGCUGGACAUCGCGGAGACGCUGGGGGCGGUGGAGGUACGGCUUCCCGGGGCGGCGGAGGCGGUGCACUCAGCAGAACGGUGA